GUGAAACCCUAGAUUUGCUCACUCACACUACUACUGAAAGUAGCUUCUAAGAGAAAACAAUGGCGACUAUGCCGAUGGAUAUCGUCACCGAUGUAAUCCUCCGUCUCCCCGCUACUACGCUCCUCCGAUGCCGCGUCCUCUCGAAGCCGUGCUACUCUCUCAUCGACAGUCCCGAUUUCGUCGCGUCGCAUCUCAAACGCAGGCUAGAAACCGAAGAGCACGUCAUGAUCCUUCUGCGAACCCCUCGCCUUCUACGUACGGUGUACCUCGACGCACCGGAUAAAAUCUCCGACGUGGAGCAUCCGUUGCAAACCGGUGGUUUCACAGAGGUUUUCGGUUCAGUUAACGGUUUAAUCGGUUUAACGAACUCUCCUCUCGACUUAGCACUUUUCAAUCCAUCAACCAGGAAAAUCCACCGCUUACCGAUUGAGCCUGUUGAUUUCUCCGAACGUUACAUCACACGCGAGAAUGUGUUUUACGGAUUAGGUUACGAUUCCGUUAGCGGUGAUUACAAAGUUGUGAGGAUGAUUCAGUCCAAGUACAAAGGCGAUGGAGUCAACGAAAGCUUUGGUUAUCCUCUGGAGAUCAAAAUGUUCAGCUUAAAGAGUAAUAAAUGGAAGAGAAUCUAUCUCCUCUUUGAGGUUCAGAUUCUCUUCAUUUACUUUUAUUACCAUCUGCUGUACCGUCGUGGGAAUGGUGUUCUUGUUAGCAAUAGUCUUCACUGGAUUUUGCCUCGAACUGGUGGACAUACUGCAUUCAACACGAUUAUCAGAUUUGAUCUCGCCACUGACGAUCUUGGAGUCCUUAGCUUCCCAAGUGAUCUUUACUGUGAAGAUGAUAUGGAUAUUGGUGUGUUGGAUGGCUGCCUUUGCUUGAUGUGUUACAGCGAGUCUAGCGUGGAUGUUUGGAUUUUGAGGGAGUAUGAAGGGAAGUGGAGAAAGUUCAUUACGGUGCCGAAACCUGAGACUGUGGUUGCGUUUGAGUUUGUGAGGCCUAUGAUCUAUUCUAAGGACAGGAGCAAGAUUUUGCUGGAGAUAAACAAUGGGAAGUUGAUGUGGUUUGAUUUGGAGAGUAAGAGUUUUGAGACGCUUGUGAUAAAGGGUUGUGAGGAUCUUCAAUGUAACGCUGAGAUUGUUGUGAGUAGCCUUGUUUUGGGAUGUAAGGGUGAUCCUCGCAGAGCUCCAGAAAAGAAAAUGAUGCAGAAGGGUAACAAAAGGUUGUAUGCUCAUCUUUAUAGUGUGCUUUUUCUUACAUGUUUUGAUUCUCUGAUCAGAUUUUUAGAUAUGGAUAAGACAGUAAGGCAAAUCUUGAGUCUUGUGUAUCUUCAUUCUUUGAGAUUUUAG